AUGAAACUAAUAUUGAUAUUGGCGAUGUGUGGCUCUGUGGUAGUGGCACGUAAAAUUGUUAAUUCCAGUUCUUCUGAACAGAAUACCGUAAUUCGUGAGGCUCCAGAAAGAAACUGGAUAAUAAACGAAACCGUUAACGCCCUGAUUCGUCAGCUAAUUAAGUUUGUCAGGCACCUCAUUAAACAUGGUUCUGAAGCCUUUGGAAUUCCAAUACUGGACCCGCUCCAAAUCGACAAAUUGAAUAUUACCGUGCCUCUUGCAUUCCUAAGUCUAGAAUUGAACCUGGAAAAAAUCCUAGUAACGGGUCUCAGUAAUUUCUUAAUACACCAGAGUCGCUUAUCUGUACCAGAACUUUCCUACGAUGUUGACAUGACAAUACCUUCUAUGGUCGUCUCCGCCGAACAUUACUACUUAUUCGGUAAUUUAUUCUUAGCUAUUUCUUUGUACGGAGAAGGAAAGGCAGUAUUCAAAGUCGACGGAUUACGUUUCCGGGGCAAAAUCUACUUGAAACAGUCCGAUGAUGGAACAGCUGUGAUCAUCGAUCGUGUAGAAAAAACAUCAUUCACAAUUUCUUCUUUUAAGUCUCAGUUGACCGGUACUGUCGGUGGUGAAGACAUUGAUGCCUUGGUGAACACGAUAAUCGAAGCAGUUUUAGAAGGUUACGUGAACAGCGUCCAAGGUUACAUCGCAUCACUUAUUGCGGUAUGGCUACCAAAGGCACUUAACCCUACUCUUGAAAAACUUGACACUUGGAAGUACCUCGCUCCUUUUCUUCGACCUAUAAACAGGAACCAAGACCCUUCUUACUCAACUGCAAUUUUAAUUACCUAA